GAGUUUGCCGCCCACAGAGAGGGAAAGGAAGGGAGCGCGAGAGGGAGGAAAUCGCCAAGUAAGCCGGGCAGAGCGCUAUGCGCCGCGCCAGCCGAGACUACACCAAGUACCUGCGCGGCUCGGAGGAGAUGGGCAGCGGUGGCUCCGGCGCCGCGCACGAGGGCCCCUUGCACCCUCCGCCGCCGGCACCGCACCCGCCUCCCGCCGCCUCCCGCUCCACGUUCGUCGCCCUCCUGGGGCUGGGAUUGGGCCAGGUAGUCUGCAGCGUCGCCUUGUUCCUCUACUUCAGAGCGCAGAUGGAUCCUAAUAGAAUAUCAGAAGAUGACACUGAUUGCUUUAGGAGACUUUUCAAACUCCAUGAAAACGCAGAUUUGCAAGAUGUAACUCUGGAGAGUCAAGACACAAAAUUAAUAACUGAUUCGUGCAGGAGAAUUAAACAAGCUUUUCAAGGAGCUGUGCAAAAGGAAUUGCAACAUAUUGUUGGAUCACAGCACCUCAAAGCAGAGAAAGCUAUGGUAGAAGGCUCAUGGUUAGACGUGGCCAGGAGGGGCAAGCCUGACACUCAACCUUUUGCUCAUCUCACUAUUAAUGCCACUGAUAUCCCAUCAGGUUCUCACAAAGUGAGUCUUUCCUCUUGGUACCAUGACCGAGGCUGGGCAAAGAUCUCCAACAUGACUUUCAGCAAUGGGAAACUAAUUGUCAACCAAGAUGGCUUUUAUUACCUGUACGCCAACAUUUGCUUCCGACAUCAUGAAACGUCAGGAGACCUAGCCACGGAGUAUCUUCAGCUGAUGGUCUAUGUCACUAAAACCAGCAUCAAAAUCCCAAGUUCUCAUACCCUGAUGAAAGGAGGAAGCACCAAAUACUGGUCUGGAAAUUCAGAAUUCCACUUUUAUUCCAUAAACGUUGGAGGAUUUUUUAAGUUACGAUCUGGUGAAGAAAUAAGCAUACAGGUGUCCAAUCCUUCACUACUAGAUCCCGAUCAAGAUGCAACUUACUUUGGGGCUUUUAAAGUUCGAGAUAUAGAUUGAAGCCCAUUUUGUGGAAUGUUAUCAUGUAUUUUCUAGGAUGUGUGUAAACUUAAAAUAGAAAAAAAAAAAAAAAGAAAAAAAGCAGAGAAAGAUGUAUAUAGGUGUAUGAGACUACUAAGAGGCAUGACCACAA